UUUCGUCAAAGAAAGAUAACUUAAACUCCCUUAACUACUUAAGGCCCAAACGAGUAGAAAAGUGGCAGGAAAAAAUCAUAAAACCAAACACAGCCUUGGAAGAAGAAGAACCCUCCUCUCCCAAACUAGAAAACCCUAGCACGCCAUUUCUCUCAUUUUGCCGUUGCUUCCUCCCUUUCUCGCCGUUCAUCAUCCCGUCGCCGGCGAAGCUGUGUUGUCAGCACGCCGUCCCGCUCGCGAGAGAAGAAGCUCGUGAACCAGCUGGUCCUCCUCGCGAGCUGUUCGCUGCCGCCGUGGGAGGUUCAUCACCAGAGACGGUCAGAGACAAUUUUUUUCACAUCUUUUUCUUUUGAGGUCCCCUUUCAGAUUAUGAUAUCUUCCAUGUUUGCCUCUAUGAAAUUAUUAAUGCUACAAGUUGAAAAAUAGUCUGCUGAAGCUGAGUCUAUAUACAUAGGGCUCUAGAUGGAUACAUCUGAGCAAGGGAACGGGGAUUAUGCUCCAAUCAGGGAUUCAGAAGAUCCACAAUUGGGAAAAUUUGACAAGCCACUUCCAUGUUUUGGCUGUGGAAUUGGAUGGUUCUCUCUUCUGUUAGGAUUUGCAUGCCCAUUGCUGUGGUAUUAUGCUACAAUUCUCUAUUUUGGAAAUUACUAUCAUAAAGACCCAAGAGAGCGUGCUGGACUUGCUGCUUCUGCAAUUGCUGCUCUAGUUUUUACAAUUGCUGUGCUGAUAGCAGUACUGGUUAUUUUCCUGUAAUUAUGGUUUCAGCUAACCUCUAUUUAUUCAAUUAAUGAAGAAAAAAAAAGAUCUGUAUAGAGCAUCAGUCUCCACACAAGGAAGGCAAGGCUAAUGCAAGGUGAAUCAAGGGUGAACCACACACAUAUAUAUGGUUGCUUCGGUGACCUUGUUAAAUUUGUGUAAACCAAAUGCGUUUGUGAUUUUUCGGUUUUGGAAGGGGAGUGAAAGGCGAACAUUAACUAUGAAUAAUUUUUAUUUCUCAAAUCUUAUUUCCACUCCCUUUUCUUCAAAAACCUUAACUCGCAAACUCAUCCGAAUAUAUUUCGACUAAGAUAUCUUUAGAUUGUUCACCCACAUUUUAGUAAGUUAAUGUAUUAUAUGUAUGUCCUUGAAUUGGGAAUCAGAGGCUAUAAAGUGUCUCAACGUGUAAAGUUAAUAUUGAUGAAUUAUGUGCAUGUAAUCCCUAAAUGGAUUUAGCUAAUAUGUGCUGUUAGGGCACAUGAUAAAGUUAUUAAAAAAGUUUUUAUAAA